AUGGCCCCCAAUGUUAUGAUCUGGGCACUUUAUCUGUUAACCCGUAUCCCUGUCAGAAGCUCUGUGCCGAUGUCUCAUCAAUACGUUGCAGCCGCAGCGUCGGCUUUUCUACAGUUCAAAUACCACUUGGUCACAUUCUUUUUCGGUCUUAUCAUUUUAAGCUAUGUACAUGGCCGAUUUCGUUCAGGUCUCGCAAAUAUCCCUGGGCCACCCGUUGCAAAAUGGACGAAGCUAUGGCGUCUUUACGACGUUUACAAGGGUCAAUCUCAUCAUACGGCGAUCAGGCUACACCAACAACAUGGUCCACUCGUAAGAAUUGCGCCAAAUGUUGUCUCGGUUGGUGAUCCACAAGCUAUCAAGACUAUUUAUGGAUUGGCUGGCGCAUUCACAAAGACAGCAUUCUACCCCAUUCAAAGUAUCUCUUGGCAGAAGAAACCACAAAUGAACCUGUUUUCUACUCGAGACCCAGUCUAUCAUCGAGACCAGAAGAAAAAGGUCGCAGGAGCGUUCAGCCUCACAAACCUACUGGAAUCCGAGGAUGCUAUCGACUCUUGUACUGAACUUUUCAUAUCCCGUCUUGAUCAAUGGGCUGCUGAUGGCAAACGUAUUGACCUCGGUAUGUGGCUUCAGUAUUACGCGUUCGACGUGGUUGGUGAGGUCAACUUCGCGCAAAAGCUCGGCUUCUUGGCCACAGGCGGGGAUGUUGAUGGCAUGAUCAAGACAAUUGAGGGUAUCAUUGCGUAUUCAUCUAUCUGCGGACAAAUCCCUGAGAUGCACAACGUCCUAUUGGGCAACCCUCUGUUUCCAAUCUUGUUACCCUCUAUGGAGAACUGGAAUGCGGUCUUGACUUUCACUCUCAAGGCUAUCAACUCCCGUACAUCGAUGAAACGAGACGGCGAACUGGAGCUUCCUGAUGAAGGAGGGAAGGAUCUUCUGUCCAAAUGGGCUGCGGUGAAAAACAAAGAUCCUCUCAAGAUGAGCACCAGAGAUGCUAUCGUGCAUCUUUCGGCCAAUGUGUUCGCGGGUUCAGAUACCACCGCAAUCGCCCUACGUGCAGUCAUCUAUUUCCUCAUUAAGAACCCUGACAAGAUGACAAAUGUUGUUCAGGAGAUCGAUGCCGCUGAUAAGAAUGGAAACCUCAGCGAUCUCAUCUCCUACAAAGAAUCUACUUCGCACUUGAUUUAUACCAAAGCAGCGAUCAAAGAGGCUAUGCGCCUGCAUCCUUCGAUCGGCCUUCUAAUGGAGCGGCACGUCCCACCCCAAGGAGCUGAGAUAUGUGGACAUUUCUUUCCCGGCGGCACGAUUGUUGGAAUAAACCCUUGGGUUGUUCAACACGAUCCCAAGGUUUACGAGGAUCCAGAAGCCUUCAAGCCAGAACGCUGGUUGACUUCAGAUGCCGAGUUACUUUCCAAGAUGGAAGCCAGCUUUUUCACCUUUGGGGCUGGGUCACGUACAUGCCUGGGCAAGCACAUAAGUCUUAUGGAGCUUCAUAAAGUAGUGCCGCAGUUGUUGAGACGCUAUCAUAUUGUGCUGGCAGAUCCGGAUGCUGAUUGGGAAGUCAAGAACCGUUGGUUUGUGCAACAGCAUGGUCUCAACUGUAUUCUAAAGAAAAGAACAGUCGCCUGA